AUGACUGAACAAAUUCGCACGUUAGUCUUAACCGAAGGUGAAGAUAAGAGCGAAGAACUUUAUCGGCUAAAGAAAGGUUGGACGCUCCAACUGAAAAUUGCAUAUAAUCUAUCAUGGAGAAAAGUUCGAAUAUUCACUAAUGCUUGCCUGAACGAAGCUGAUCCAUUUGUACGUUCAAAUUAUCACGAAUUAAAAUGGGUUUAUCCAUCAUCUGGUAAAUAUGACGACUCAGAUCGAUAUGUCUUUCUUUCAUGCUGCAAAGCUGGUACAUUUCAUUACUAUUUUACCCUUGAUGGAUCAACAAAUAUCCAAAAUACGAACGGACAAGGUUAUUUUCAAGUUGAACCUGAACUAGUUAUUCCCGAUGGUAGCGGCGAAAUAUUAGAUCAAGAUUGCAUUACAUGUCAAUCAAUUCUGUCGAAAUCCUUGGGUCCGGUAUCUGACUGGCUCGCACGACUCGAAGUCGCAUAUCAUUCCGGUUAUAAUAUGAUACAUUUCACACCAAUUCAAUUACUUUAUCAUGUAUCGAAUUCAUCGUAUGCUGUGACAGAUCAUCAUAAAUUGAAUCCAUUGUUUCAAGGUACGUAUGAACAGAUCAAAGAAGUCAUUGACCACAUGGCAAAGAAAUGGAAGAUCUUAUCUGUCACCGAUCUUGUCUACAAUCAUGCAGCAAAUGAUUGCGCAUUACUACGUGAUCAUCCAGAAGCUGCAUAUAAUUUAAUUAAUUCGCCGCAUUUAAAACCAGCUGCAUUGCUUGAUUCGAUCUUCAUGCAUUUUACUCGUGACGCGGGCGCAGGUAAUCUUCAAUCAAGAGGUAUUCCAGCUGAAAUUAAAGAACAUCAUUUACAAUUGAUUCGUCAUUAUUUCCUCGAUGAACAAUUUCCGAAAUAUCGCUUCUGGGAAUUUUACAUAUGUGAUACAAAUACUAUCACCGAAACCUUUCGUCAACGAUUGAUGAAAUUAAAUCAAUGUCCUCAAGAUCGUCAAUGCCACGAUGAACUUCUGCUGCAAAUUCAACACGGAAAGUACGAGCGAAUGAAGAGCACAGUUGACCUUGACCUAGCUGAAAAACAAUUUUUCUAUCAACGACAGCCCAAUCGAACUAAAGAUGAUUAUAUCAACGAUGCAUGUGAUGCUCUGCGUGAUCGACUUCAUUUUCUCAAUCAUCUCAAAUGCGAAAAAUUAAACGAACAUCUAAAUCGAGCAGUUGACAAUUGCCUAGCAUCAUGUCGUUAUCAUUUCUUUUCAUUUGACGGACCAAAUUUCAAAAAAUUGUCUUUGCCAUCAUCACCAUUCGUUGGAAACUACUUUCAUUAUCCAAACGACGAAUUCAAACAUCCCGACGAGAUUGAUCAAUUAAUUCAUAAUGAUACCAAUUAUCAAUCCUAUGUCAUGGCACAUAAUGGUUGGGUAAUGAAUGAUGAUCCACUUCGAUGUUUUGCGGAUGAAGGACAAGAUGUUUACUUACGUCGAGAUCUUCUCCAAUGGUCCGAUAUAAUUAAACUUCGAUUUGGUACGAAACGCGAAGAUUGUCCGGCAUUGUAUGACUACAUGAAAGAAUAUACACGAUUAGUAGCAACGACAUUUCACGGUUGUCGUCUCGAUAAUUGUCAUUCGACACCAUUGUGGUUGGCUCAAGAAAUGAUGGACUAUGCAAGAGAAAUUAAUCCAAAUUUUUAUAUCAACGCCGAACUAUUCACGGGAAAUAUCAAAAUGGACACUCAAUUUAUAAAUCAAAUCGGAAUCAAUUCGUUGGUCAGAGAAUCUUAUCGAGCAUUUGAUCCAUAUGAAUUAGGUCAAAUAACAUCAUCGGUUAGCGAAGGUGAUCCAAUAGGUUCAUUUAUUCAACCAGAUAGACGUUUAUUGGAAAAAGUGAAGCCAUAUUCUUGGUUUUAUGAUCAAACACAUGAUAAUCCAUGUCAAUUAGAGAGACGAUCUGUUGAAGAUGUUCUUCCACGCUCGGCUAUUGUUGCCAUGGCAAACUGUUCGACAGGGUCAAAUCGUGGCUACGAUGAACUAGUUCCACAUCAUAUUGAUGUCGUACAUGAAACGAGACUCUAUCCAAAAUGGGGCAUAAGUGAUCAAGAUACGAAUGUCAAGACGGGCAUGGUGACAUUGAAAAAAGCUUUAAAUAAAUUACACGCUCAAUUAGCAAAAGAAGGUUAUACUCAGCUAUUAAUUGAUCAGUUGUCUACGUCGGUACUGUUAAUGACACGUCAUAACCCAUUGAAUCAUAAGUCAGUAUUACUAGUCGCAUAUACAUCUUUCUUUCAACCAACUGAUCGAUGGGAUCGUAUCAGUCCAUUGUCACUUCAAGGCGUCAUUGACGAAGUUAUUGUUGAAGGUUCAUUAAGUCAUCCACAAGAUAAAGAGCCAACCAGAGAAUUCCAAAGAGCUAAAGAAUAUAUCAAUGGAUUACGACAAACGAAGAUGACGAUUAAUGAAAAUCUGCCGAUUGAAAAAAGUGAAUUUCUUCGCUUGACAUCACCAAAUACUCGCGAUUACAAUGGUUUUCGAACAAUUGAAUUUACUGAUAAAUUUCGCCCUGGCUCGAUUGUUGCUUUUCAAGUCUCACUUCUUCCACAAAUUCAUCAAGCAGUCAUUGACAUCGAUCAAAUAAUUAGUCAAUUCUCGAAUCCAACAAGUCAAUUUAGUCGAAUUAUUAAAGAUUUAACGCUAGGCGAUCUUGAACGUGUACUCUACCGUUCGUCUGUCGAAGAACAGUCCGAUGGCAAAGGUAUCGACGUGUACAAUAUACCUGAUUACGGAAGACUUGUUUAUUGUGGUCUACAUGGGCUCAUGCCUGUCUUAGAAAAGGUUCGUAAUGCAAACGAGCUUAGACAUCCACUAGUUACUAAUUUGAAACAAGGAAAUUGGCUAAUGGAAUAUACAGCGAAUCGAUUGAAACUUUAUCCGACUACAAAACAGCUGGGCGAUUGGUUUGAAAAUGCAUUUAAUCUCGUUGGAACAUUGUCGCGACUGAUGGUGCCGAGUUACUUUGAUUUAAUCAUACGCAAUUCGUAUGAAAAGUUAAUUGAACAUAGCAUCUCAUUGCAAAGUCAAUUUAUUCGCGCGUCGUCAACGUUCAUCCAUGACUUGUCUCAAUCAAACAUCCAACUAACGAGUGUUGUAAGAAAUGCACGUUUACCAUUAUUGUCACCGAAUUUACGCGAACCCCGACCAAACGAAGAAGUUGAUGAACAUACAUUGGAACGUGUUCAGCAAUGUCCAUCAUUAGCUGCUGGAUUUCCACAUUUCGGCGCGGGUAUAUGGAGAAAUUGGGGUCGAGAUACAUUUAUAUCCUUACGUGGUCUUCUUCUUCUAACCGGUCGAUUUGAAGAAGCGCGCUAUUUGAUUCUAUCCUACGGUGGAUGCCUUCGCCAUGGCCUGAUCCCAAACCUGUUAGGCGAUGGAAAGAUUGCGCGUUAUAAUGCACGCGAUGCUGUCUGGUGGUGGUUAUACUCGAUAUCAAGCUAUGUACGUACCGUACCGGAUGGACAUGAGAUUCUCUCGGACAAAGUUUCGCGUUUAUAUCCAACAAAUGACAGUCCAAUUCAACCAGCUGGUGCGCAUGAUCAAGCGUUAUAUGAUGUUAUUCAAGAGGUUCUACUUCGUCACGUUCAGUCAUUAACAUACCGCGAACGUGGCGCAGGACAUUCGUUGGAUAUGGAUAUGAAAGAUGAAGGUUUUAAUAACCGAAUUAGUAUUGAUUUGAAGACGGGAUUUGUCGAAGGUGGAAAUAAAUGGAAUUGUGGAACAUGGAUGGAUAAAAUGGGUUCGAGUGAUCGAGCAGAAAAUAAGGGGCAUCCAGCAACACCACGUGACGGUUCAGCUGUUGAAUUGGUUGGUUUAUGUCGAGCAACAGUUGCAUGGCUUGUAGAGAUGAACAAAGAAGGACAUUAUCCAUACGAUUCCGUCGAAACAUCAACAGGUUCGGGUGGAAAGAUGAAAUUACUUUUUACCGAUUGGACAAGUAAAAUUGAUGAAAAUUUCGAAAAAGAAUUUUGGAUCGAUCAAACCAAUUCAUCACAAUACGCCAAUCGACGAGAUAUUUAUAAAGACACAGUUAAUUCAUCAUUUGGUUGGUCAGACUUUCAACUACGUCCAAACUUUCUUGUAGCUGCUGUUGUGGCACCUGAAAUGUUCGACAAAACACAUAUUUGGUUGGCAUUAAAACAAGUCGAAACAAUACUCUUAGGACCAUAUGGCGUCAAAACACUCGAUCCCAGUGAUUUCAAUUAUGUCGGUGAUUACGUUAAUGAUGAUGAUUCCUAUGAUUUCAAACGAGCUCGUGGAUUCAAUUAUCAUAACGGUCCAGAAUGGCUAUGGUUAACCGGUUAUUACAUUCGUGCUAAAAUCUAUUGGUCAAAACAACAAGAUGAUCCUGUAGUUGUUAAACAGACUAUCAAACAUCUCAGAAAACUAUUAGUAUCUCACAUGGAGCUGUUAUCUUCCAAUGAUUGGAAAGGUUUACCUGAAUUGACAAAUGCUGAAGGACGACCAUGUCCUUAUUCAUGUAAUGUUCAAGCAUGGUCAGCGGCGACACUUAUCGAAGCUUUUUAUGAUUUAACACGAUCGUAG